AGCUGAUUGUAUUGAAGUGACAGGUGAUAACAAAAAUAAAUAUUUCAGUUUACGUUUACGUACAUUUACAACACUACAAGUUUUAAGUUGAAAUUAAGAAUGGUGUCUGUGUUCAGUAUUGUUUCUGUUUUUGUGUAAAUAAAACAAAUAUUUUAUCAGUGUUAGUGAAGUAGUAUUUGCUCAUACUAUAAUAUUAUCAGUUUUCUUUUAGUGUUGGUAUUAAGUUUUUAUUUCGUAAUUUUUUCCAGUUUUUUAUAUUUUGCCCCGUCAUUUAAGCUCCAAAUCCGUGACAAAAUAUCCUCUGAGGAACCAAGAACACAAUUGCAGUGAUAGGUUACUUUUUCUAACAUGACUACUACUAAUGAAGGUAGUAAAGAUGAGACAAAUGAGGAAACCCCAUCUCAGAAAAAGACAUUCUUAACUGAUAAAUACUUCUCAGACUUGGAACAAUGGUUACAUGAAGCUUACAUGUGGCAGGGGGUAGCUGCAAGUUUUCCUUAUUUUUUAAUGUGCAAUCAGUACAUGUCCCAAUUUUCAGUUAACAAUGCAAGUAUAGGAAACGUUCAAAACCCAUUCAACCCAACUGAAACAACACUGCAUGGAAAUUUAGGAUUCCAACCUGUGGUGGGCCUUCAGAACCGAACCACUAAUCGUAAUGGUAUCCAGUGUAGAAUUCCAGCUUUGUGGAAGCGGUUGCUCGCUGAAUUUUUAGACUUUUUGAUCCUCUUCAUUUUGAAGUUGGCUGUCACAUGGAUAGCAAUCGACUUCUUUGAAAUUAUAGAUUUGGCCAAAUUUGAUUUGGAUGGUCUUCAGUUGGACAUGAAGAAAAUGGAUUAUAAAGUGGCUCUACAGAUGACGCACAACAUUAUGAUAUUGGAGAUAAUCCACAGAAUUGUUGUGUGUAUAUUUGAGACAUUCUGGCUGGCUGGGGGAGUGGCCGGGAGAGUCGGCGGAGCGACGCCUGGUAAAUCGAUGAUGGGGCUGAGAGUCGUACGCUGUGAAAGCGUUUUACCUCUCUCGGACAAUGAUGAAACUGUUAUCGUUCAUCCAGGGAGUGAUUUGGGGCUGGGUUGGUCCUUCGUCAGGUCCUUCAUGAAGAACCUUGUCCUCGCCGUAUUUCUACCAUUUGUUGCAACGUUUUACUAUUUUCCAUUCAACAGAGCUUGUUACGACAUGAUGUGCAAUACAAUUGUUAUUGAAGAACCAAUAAUACAACACCGGCCACAUCAACAUUGAAUUUGUUAAAGGAAUGGCAAUAAAAUGUAAAAAGUGUACAAUACUA